CACCAGCGCGGCAUUUAUCUCACCCACAGUGCACUUUGGCUCCAGAAGGACAAGAAGACAAGUCAACACAUUGACGCUUCUAUAUAAACAGGGCGGCCUAGUGCAGUCUGUUUAUUUCGCCACAGCAAUUUCUGCAGAGGAAUACAUGGAGGAGGACAGGUAAAUGUCAGCGCUCUGUUGUCUCACAGGGUUGACAACAUGAACAGGCUGUUGGUCGUCACCGUGCUGUUCACCCUCCUUGCUCUCGGUGCUGAAAGUUUCCGACUGCCCAGGCAGGUAGAAGAAGAGGAGGAGCAGGAGGGAACACUGUCCGUGAUCACAGGUACCCUAAAAUCCUACUACAACUCUGCUGUCAACACUGCCUCUGGAUACGUGAAAAACAUCAAGGAUAUGCAGCUGGAUAAGCAAGCAAUUAAGGCUUAUGAAGACACCACCUCGGCUGCCAAAAUCUACUUUGGAAUUAUGCAAGACCAACUUUAUCACUUUUUUUUACCACAAAAUUAAACACUGCGAACAUGUCUCACCCCAAAACUGAAAUAACAUGGACCCAGAAUCCUUCUGCCACUACACUUGUGAAUGAAGACAACCCGUCCCUCAAAAGGCUAAAAUAACAAUUGUGACUAUCAGCGGGAAAGUGGAUCAAAUAUCAGUGAGGACCAGAAAAGGAGCACACAAUGUCCAACAAAUAUAGCUUCAAAAACAACUACACGUCUAUCACCACCUGGUGGUGAAUGCUUGUCUCGAACUCAAUGUCAUCAUGUCUGUGAAUACAUUUAAAUAUUUGUGUCAUAUCUUGCAAUAAAAUAUUUAUACAAAAA